UGUGUAAAUAAGCCCUUUUAUUGCUGCUGCAAAGAUCAAAAUCAAUUCUAAAAGAAAUCGAAAAAGAAAAAUCACUAUAUUAUAUAUGAGGUGAUAAUAAAUUUUUUUAAUUUUUAGAACGCAAAUCUUAUAAUUUGUCUACGGCAUGCUAACAUGCUACUUUUACGUUUUUUCUAUAAAACAUGGUUCAAGCACGUGUAGUUUAUCCUAAGUUUGUAUCGAUAAUUGGAUGUAAAAUUUUAAGAAAUACGUAAUCAAUUCACAAAUGACCGAUCUUGUAGAAUGGUCCAAAAGAGAAAUUGUUUCGCUGUUGGAUCAGAAGGUCAUAACGGUGAUCGUAUAAUUUAUAAUUUGUAGUGAAUUAAUACCUUAGCGUGUACUGUGAAUCACUUUUUAUAUUUAUCUGAUUUCUUCUCCAAAAAUGUUAUUGGACUUCUAUGAAUGCCUUUAGAUGGAAUUAAGGUUUUCCAAUGGAUCAACGAGUUGGCUCAUCCCGAGACCCGCGAAGCUGCUUUGCUAGAAUUGAGCAAAAAACGGGAAACUGUUACAGAUCUUGCACCGAUGUUAUGGCAUAGUUUCGGUACAAUAGCCGCACUAUUACAAGAGAUCAUUAAUAUUUAUCCAUCAAUUAAUCCUGCCACAUUAACUGCUCAUCAAUCGAAUCGUGUCUGUAAUGCUUUGGCAUUAUUACAAUGUGUUGCCUCGCAUCCCGAUACUCGUACCGUAUUUUUGCAGGCACAAAUUCCAUUGUUUCUGUAUCCAUUUUUGCAAACCACCUCAAAAACCCGACCUUUCGAAUAUCUUAGGUUAACGAGUCUGGGUGUGAUCGGUGCGCUCGUUAAGACUGAUGAACAGGAAGUGAUAACUUUCCUAUUGACCACUGAAAUCAUUCCUCUAUGCUUACGCAUUAUGGAAUUUGGUUCGGAAUUAAGUAAAACGGUUGCCACAUUUAUAUUGCAAAAAAUUCUGUUGGAUGAAAGUGGCCUUUCGCAUAUUUGUCAGACAUAUGAGAGAUUUUCGCAUGUAGCUAUUAUACUGGGUAAAAUGGUGAUACAAUUAGCUAAAGAGCCUUCAGCACGUUUGCUUAAGCAUGUAGUACGUUGUUAUUUACGAUUAUCAGACAAUCCAAGAGCUCGUGAGGCUUUAAGACAAUGUCUUCCGGAUCAAUUGCGUGAUGCAACGUUUUCAGUGUGCCUACAAGAUGAUAAGUCUACUAAACAUUGGUUACAAUUAUUAAUAAAAAAUUUAGAAUUGGCUGCUGUACAACCCACAGAUCCACGUCAAAUGGGCAUGUCUCCUUUAACUUCGCAAUUGCAUCGACUCGAUCUACUUGCCUUUUGUUUUCCUUUCCCGUUACGGGAUUUCGAUCAAAAUUAAAAAUGAUCCAAAAGCAAAAUUAUAAAAUUCCAAAUACUUAUAUGUGAUUUGAAAUGAAAGCAAAUUGAUUUGAUUGGAUGAUGGCCUAAAACAACAGACAUAUAGUAAAUGUGAACAGCAGGUUCAGAGAAGGAAACAACAUAGUGACAAAGAUUGUGUAAGCUAUGCCGCCGUAGCGGAAAAAGCGAUCAUAUAUAUAUGCACACAUACAUAAUAAUAAUAAAAACAGAGGAGACUGUCAAAAUAUAUAUGUUAAAGCAAA